UUAAGAAAUAGCCCUGACAAUUGGAUUUGGGAUUCAAACAGAAUGUUGGGCAAUUUGGAACACUAAAUCAAAAAAAUCUAUGUUUGGUUUCGAAAAUUAUUGGGUAAUGUUAAACACGAAACAUGGAGAAUGUGCGGUCGCAGGAUGUGCAAACGACGACGACCUCUCCUCCAGCUGCGAUGAGGGUCAUCCACCUGGACCUCAACGAGGAGGAGAGUCGCCGGCAAAUGGCGGCCAGUAAAUAUGGUGGCAUCUGCUUCCACGUGGGCAUAGCGGCCAUGCUCUGUUUGAUGUUGAUAGUGCUGAUUUGUUCGGCGCCCAUUGGAUCAAAAGUGUCCAAACUUUCGGCCGAGGAGCGGUACGCCCGACAACGACAGAUGUAUGUGGACAAGGAGCGUCGCCUGCGGAUGGGCGGCCAAAUGGGAUUGAGUCCGCUGGAGGAGGAGGCCAAUAGUCGGCUAAUGGCCGUCAAACAGGUGGACGAAGAAGUGCAUCAUCUGUGGCAGAACUAUCACUCGCAACCGCCGCCGUUUCUCAGCCACCUCAACAUCAGCGAUACGAAUCUCUAUGCGGCGCUAAAGAGCAUGCCCAAGGGUGGGCUCCUUCAUGUCCACGAUUCGGGAAUGCUGCGAACGGACAUCCUGAUCGAUCUGACCCACCGCGACAAUCUGUGGGUCUGUGUGAACUUGGAUCAGGGCUUCGAGGACUUUCGCUUCUCCAGAUAUUUUCCGCACAUUCCACCAGCGGGGGAUUACCAAUGCAACUGGAUGCUGAUGAGAAACUUCAUCGAGUUCGAGCCUCAUACCGAAUUCGUGGACAGACUGCGGGAAAGUCUCAUUGUCCGGCCGGAGGGCUACGAAAGCUCCGUCGAGCUGGCACGGCAUUUGAGACGCCAUCAGCGUCUCAUCCACGGAUUGAUCACAUUUCGGCCAAUCUGGAGGGACUUCAUAUUCACCAUGCUGCACGAUUUUUACUCCGAUGGGGUUCAGUAUGUGGAGCUGCGAUCCUCGUUGCCAAUCAUGUACGAUCUGGAUGGCAAAAACUCCACUAUUUUGGAAACGGCAGAGGCCAUAGUUUCGGUGUCAAAUAAUUUUAAGGACACCUACAAAGAUUUCUACGGAGUCAAGCUGAUCUAUGCUCCUUCCAGGGACUUUAAUGACAGUCGCAUGGACGAAUAUUUAGCAAAUGCACGCCUUCUAAAGUUUCAUUAUCCAAAUUUCUUUGCUGGUUUUGAUCUGAACACCUUUGGGGACGAGUGCAAUUUACCGCUUUUGGGCAAGGUCACUCAACUUCUAAGGAUCAACAAGGACAUUGACUUCUAUUUCCAUGCGGGAGAAUCGAAAUGUCCGGACAGUUCACGUCCGGAUGCGAAUCUCUUAGAUGCCCUUUUGCUGGGCAGCAAACGGAUCGGGAAUUCAGUGAAUCUGCCCUUCCAUCCGGAGAUUAUGAAGGCAUUGCAAGUCCUCAAAGUGGCUGUGGAGAUCUGCCCGCUGUCCAAUCAUUAUCUGCAGUACUUCAACGAUUUCCGGCAACAUCCGGCGGCGUAUUUGAUUGCCGCCGGCUUUCCCAUUGUGAUUGGCUCGGAUUAUCCGUAUUUCUGGAACUCCGCCCCUCUGACCGACGACUUCUAUGUGGCCUUUGUGGGCGUGGUCAGUGGGUGGGGCAAUCUGCGCCUGCUCAAGCAGUUCGCCCUGAACUCGUUUCUCUACAGUUCCCUCAACGAAACGGAGCGGAAUGUGGCCGUAACCAAGUGGCGAUGCAACUGGAACCGAUGGGUCAGCAACUUUGUGAACAAUAGUGGGGUUACGGAUACCAACAAGUAAAUGAUUGUCUACAGGAGAUUAAAAAUUGGUAGUUUUUUUGGGCAAACAAAAACGUAAUAUAAGAUAAAUAAAGACUUGCAUGUUCAAUCAAUGUUGGUUCCAAAUCUUGUUUCCCAAUAAACACUGAUUACACUAAUUAUUGUAUAAUGGA